GUCACGACGAGCACCAGGCACACGACACACCAUGUCUAUCGACUUCCCCAAGGAGGAGGAGCGCAUCCUCGCGCGGUGGAAGGAGAUUGACGCCUUCUUAAGGCAGGUCGAGCUGUCUAAGGGAAAGCAACCAUAUACCUUCUACGAUGGACCGCCUUUCGCAACCGGCAUGCCCCAUUACGGCCAUCUUCUGGCCUCGACAAUCAAAGACAUCAUUCCCCGAUAUUGGUCCAUGAAGGGGCGUUACGUAGAGCGCCGGUUCGGCUGGGAUACACACGGAGUGCCUAUCGAGUAUGAGAUUGACAAGAACCUGGGAAUGUCUGGCCGAGACGCCGUGCGCGAGAUUGGAUUGGCGAAUUACAACGAGAAGUGUCGGGCUAUUGUUAUGCGAUAUGCGGCCGAGUGGAGGCAUACCAUUGAUCGGCUAGGUCGCUGGAUCGACUUUGACAGAGACUACAAGACCAUGGACACCAGCUUCAUGGAGAGUGAGUGGUGGGUGUUCAAGCGCCUGUUUGACAAGGGCCUCGUGUACCAGGGGUUCAAGGUCAUGCCGUAUAGUAUGGCUCUGGCGACGCCUCUCAGCAACUUCGAAGCAUCGCAAAACUACAAAGAUGUGCAAGAUCCGGCUGUGGUGGUUUCCUUCCCGCUCGUGGAUGACCCGACCACACAUCUACUGGCCUGGACGACUACGCCUUGGACGCUUCCUUCAAACGUCGCGCUCGCCGCUCAUCCCGACUUGGAAUAUAUCAAGAUUCUUGACGAAGCUUCUGGGAAGCAUUACGUGCUACUCGAGGCACUUCUGAGGACACUAUACAGGGACCCAAAGAAAGCGAAAUACAAGGUUGUGCAGAAGCUAAAAGGAAAGGAUCUGCUGGGAUGGAAGUACGAGCCGCUGUUCGAUUACAUCUAUGAAGAGUUCAAGGAUGUUGGCUUCAAGGUCGUCAACGCGACCUAUGUAACAGCGGACAGCGGUGUCGGUAUCGUCCACCAAGCUCCCGCAUACGGUGAAGAGGAUUACAAGAUUGCCAUGGAGUACGGCAUCGUCAACGCGAAUCGGCCCCCUCCGAAUCCGGUCGACGAUGCCGGUUGCUUCACCUCCGUUGUUCGGGAUUUCGAGGGCCAGAACGUCAAAAAGGCCGACAAGAACAUCAUCAAGCACCUCAAGAGCAUAGGGCGACUGGUCGUUGAUUCGCAAGUCACCCACAGCUACCCUUUCUGCUGGCGCUCCGAUACUCCGUUGAUCUACCGAGCCGUUCCGUCUUGGUUCGUGAGGAUCCAAGACCAUAUUCCGAAGAUGCUAGAAAACAUCGAAGGAUCACACUGGGUCCCUUCAUUCGUCAAAGAGAAGCGCUUCGCGAACUGGAUCCAGAAUUCUCCUGAUUGGGCUGUGUCGCGUAAUCGAUUCUGGGGCACCCCACUUCCUCUUUGGGUUAGCGACGACAUGAAGGAGGUUAUGUGCAUUGGCAGCGUUCAAGAAUUGAAGGAGCUGAGCGGAUAUGAGGGUGAUCUGACAGACAUACAUCGCCACCAUAUCGAUGACAUUACCAUUCCCAGCAAGCAGGGCAAGGGUGUCCUACGAAGAAGCCCAGAGGUUUUCGACUGCUGGUUUGAGUCUGGAUCUAUGCCCUACUCGAGCGCUCACUAUCCCUUCGAAAACGUGGAGCAGUUUGAGAAGUCGUUCCCUGGUGACUUUAUUGCCGAAGGUCUUGACCAGACACGAGGCUGGUUCUACACCAUGACUGUCCUCGGAACUCUUCUCUUCGACGUUCUUCCGUUCAAAAACUGCGUAGUGAACGGAAUUGUGCUCGCCGAAGACGGGAAGAAGAUGUCGAAGCGACUAAAGAACUACCCCGAUCCGCACCUUAUCAUGAACAACUACGGCUCUGAUGCUCUCCGACUGUACCUCAUCAACUCACCUGUUGUGCGGGCCGAAACCCUUCGCUUCAAAGAAGCUGGCGUCAAAGAGAUUGUCUCUAAAGUGCUGCUCCCGCUGUGGAAUAGCUAUCAAUUCUUCGAACAGCAGGUCGCCCUACUGAAAAAGGUUGCCGAUCUGCAUUUUGUCUUUGACCCCUCGGCCGAAAAGACGAAUACGAAUGUACUUGAUCGGUGGAUCCUGGCUUCGUGCCAGUCGCUGCUCAAGUUUGUCAACGAAGAGAUGGCGGGAUACAGGCUAUACACAGUCGUUCCACGGUUACUCCAGCUCAUCGAUAACACAACGAACUGGUACAUCCGAUUCAACCGCCGGCGGUUAAAGGGCGAAUAUGGGCUCGAUGAUACCAAGCAUGCCCUGAACACCCUGUUCGAAGUCUUGUACACUCUCUGCCGCGGUCUUGCUCCCUUCACUCCAUUCAUCACCGACAAUAUCUACCUCCGACUCCUCCCCCACAUCCCGAAGAAUCUCCACGCAGAGGACGACCGUAGCGUACAUUUCCUGCCGUUCCCGGAAGUCCGCGAUGAACUUUUUGAUGAGGUCGUAGAACGGCAGGUGAAGCGAAUGCAGGCCGUUAUUGAGCUUGGUCGCAUCUGCCGAGAUAGGGCGAACAAGGGCCUCAAGAUACCUCUGAAGACGCUUGUGGUCAUCCAUCCCGAGCAAGAGUACCUAGAUGAUAUCAGGUCAUUAGAAAACUACAUCACGGAAGAGCUCAACGUGCGGGAUCUGGUACUGUCAAGUGAGGAGGAAAAGUACAACGUCCAGUACUCUGCUUCAGCCGACUUCUCUGUCCUCGGCAAGAAGCUCAAGAAGGAUGCGGUCAAGGUCAAGAAGGGGCUACCGAAUCUCACGAGUCAGCAGAUCAAGGACUUCAUCAAGAAUGGGGAGAUGCAAGUUGACGGCAUCCGCGUGGAGAAAGAGGACCUCAUGGUUAGGAGGGGCUUGGUCAAAGAUGACAAGAGCAAGAACCAGGAGUUCAACACGGACGACGACGUCCUCAUCAUUCUCGAUGUCGCUAGCUAUCCCGAGCUCGAGCAGGAGGGUCUGGCGCGAGAGAUCAUUCGCCGCGUCCAGGAUUUGCGCAAGAAGGCCGGACUGGUUCCGACCGACGAUGUGGGGAUGGAGUACCGCGUGUUGUCCGACCCGGACGAUGUCGGCAUCGAAGCUGCUUUCGAGAACCAAGGUGUCAUUUUCGAGAAGGCACUGCGAAGAAAUGUUGACAAGCAUGCCAUCACCGAGAUGGAGGGCAAGAUCCCAGAGAAUAACCACGAGACGGUUAUCGCACAGGAGGAACAGGAGCUGCACAAGGCAACGUUCCUGCUGAGAUUGAUUAAGCUGUAAUGCGAAGAACAGGACCGUAUGAAAAUAAGAUGCGCUCGAGCAACCGUUUCGUCGAAUCACGCGGCGCCAGUGCGGCUUCGGCAGCUGAACCUAGGGUCGUGGAGAGUGCUUGUGGGCUUCGUUGAUUGCCUUCUCGGAACCGGAGCAAUGUCAUAUUGGGAAAAUUUCCAGUAAUAGAUAGACGCUGGCAUGAAUGGACGAUAUUUUAGUGGUUGUACAACCAACGCCU